AUGAUCCCCGGAUCUGUCAAUGGUUUUCUUAGUGCAGAAGCACAGAUUCCACCUCUAUCUACCAUGUCGCGAGAUGCAGCCGGGCUCCCAUCAUCACUAGAUUACCUAGCCGACAUCUCAGCCCACCACGGCCGCACCGAACCAGAUCUUGGCGUAAUGAUGAUGAACGACCAGCAGCAGUAUUUUGGAUGGAAUGGAGUCGCUCCAGCAGAUCAGGUGUCGCACCAAACUGGUUUGGCCUUCGACCCUGUGCCAAAAGACAUGCUACAAAUGUGGCUUGAACCUCGCACAGAUUCAAAAUCAAAUGGCUCGCUAGAUCUGAUGCAUGAUACUCAUUUCUCUCUGAUGGGUGACAAUUUGAUUCUUACUCCAGAGCAGGAUCGACAUUCAGUGGACCGCGAUAGCAUUCCCAAUGAACGCUUCGCUAAAGUCCAACAGUGCUGGUUAGCACCACCGAACACUGGACGUCUUAUCAACAGCUUAUGGCGGGAUAUUGCCAUGUCGCCUGUUGAUAAUGUCUUCUCUGUUCAGUCAUCACAUCUUCCCAGCGAGCCAAGUGUCGUUCAAGGAUCGCGCUACGGAUUCGACGAGGAUUGCAGACGGCGCCUGCAGGCAGCUUUUGGAUCUAUGACUAGGUCUGCACAUAUGCAAUCUCCCAUGAAUAGGGGUAUUUCUCCAGCCACGCCUACCUCGACGUUGAAUAAUUCUGAUUUCCCUCCUGCUGAGGUCUUGGAUAUGGCACUCGACUUAUUUUUCCGUCUCUUUAAUCCGCUCUUGCCGCUUGUCCAUCAGCCAACAUUUUCGGCAAAGAAGGCACGACCAUCUCUUCUAUAUGUUAUGACGCUGGUUGGCAUGACCUUGCUUGGCACUAGAGGAACAACUGCCUUUGUGUACAGAAAUUUCUCAGGUGCUUUGGGAAAGGUGACAGCUGAAUUUGCUCGAUGCUCAAUGGGACUUGAGGGCGCCUCCGGCACUAUGACAUUAUUUGCAACAGCUUUACUCUUAAUAAACCUGGCUGGUUUGACCGGGGAAAAAGUAUAUCUAGAACAGUGCCAACCUCUCUAUAUCAACGUCAUGUCUGUCGCCCAAAGACAUGGGUUGUUCUCAGCCACUGAGGGGCAGAGCCUGGACAUGACUUUGUUCGAAACAGUUCCCGAUAUUGACACGAGAUGGAAAGCCUGGAGCAAGGUCGAAUCAACCAAGAGAAUAAUCAUCGGACUACUGCUCCUGGACUCUUGGUACUCCUCAUUCCUCUCAACGGGUCCAAUCGCAGUCCCAGACCCGAUCCAACUCACCCUCCCCUGCAGCGAAUCCCUCUUCUAUGCCCACUCCUCCAUCCAAUGGACACACCUAAUCCGCAGCGGCAAACACAUCCUCUCAUCAACAAUCCUCGCCCCAUCCGAAAACAUCAACGUCCCCACCCUAGAAGCCCCUGCAGAUGACUUCUGUAUACAAGCAGUACUAGCAGUAGUUCAGCUCCGCCAGUCAGAAUCCUACCACCGCCUCCUCUCCAAUAGAGCCAGCUACCCCUUUGCCCCAUGCCACACCUACGCCAUGGAUGGCCGAGCCAGAUGUCUCCCCUCUCUCCAAUCCCAACUCAUCAUAAACUACGGCGAAACCCUCGAUCGCCUAAACCCCAACGCUCUCAUUACCUGGCACAACAUGUGCAUGACUCUCACAGCCGAUAUUCAAAUAUUCGACCUCGCAGCUGGCCGCUCAGGCCCAGCUCCUGCACGCAAAGCCCUCGACGAUAUCCGCGAGUGGUCACAGACACCUGCAGCCCGACGCGCGUGUCUGCACGCCGCGCAUAUCUACAAAGUGAUGACUAAUCGCAAAGCUUCCGAGCACCCCACGUUCCAAUCUAUGUUUUCGCUCUUCUCGGCUGGUUUAGUGCUCGGUCUGUAUACGUUUACAUCGUCGGAUUCGGCGAGUUCGCCGUCAGAUGUUGGGUCUGUGGAGUUGAUGGAUGAUGUUGACUGGAGGUCGGUGGGGACGGAGGGGUUUACGAGUUUCAUGGAGCCUAGGGGAAGUCAGACUUUUGCGCCGACGGAUGAUCCUGCUGUUAAUUUUAUUCGAAAUGGGGCUACUAUCUACUUGCGUGGACAACCAUUCCACGGUGGGUUCCAGUCUGCGCGGAGAAUCUUGCUUGAUUAUGCCUCUCUUCUCAAGGACUCUGGGAAGUGGAGUAUCAAGCAGUUUUCGUAUAUUUUAUACAUAAUGAGUGAUGUUCUUAUGGAUGUCGAGUGA